AUUUCAAAGUUUUAUAUAUAAACAUACUCAAAAAUGGCUUACAAUACAAAAGAAAGAUUUUCGGAUGCACCACAAUAUUAUAGACUGCUUGAUCCUGGAGCAUAUCAAAAUAUGAAUAGACCAAUGAUCAAACCUAAUAAAGCACCUUUUCUAGUAAAUUCCCAAAGGAAAAUAAAAUCUGGAUCAGUUAUAUGGACCCACGCUAUAUAUUCUAGUGAUAUAAAACCUAAAAUUCCCAAUUGCACUGCAAUGAUGUCAAAAAUUCCAAGAUUUUCCUAUGAAAAAAGCAAUUCAAGCAUGUUAGAAGAUCUUUUGUGUGAAUGUAAAGAUCCAAAUGUAUGUGAAUGUGAAGAGGAAGAAAAAGAUGCUCCAGAAGUAUUAUGUCAAUCAAAAAAACCAAGAGUCCUUUUUAAAGGCGCCCCACCUAGAUCUCAGCUAGGAGAUGGUAUUUCGGCUCCAUCUAAGAGAGAUCAUGGCUAUGCCGUCCUUCCGGAUGGUUCCAAAAAACGAAUUUUUAUUAUGCCCGAUAAAGAAUGUCCUCCUUUUUAUGACACUAAUAUAAAUGAAUCUACAGCCUUUUAUAGAGGAUGCAAAUGGAGUCGUUGGACAUCCAAAAUAUCUAAAACCUGUACGGACACAACACCCGGUCCUGCACAUUACAUAUUAGAACAUGAACCUUCCUUUAAUGAAAUCUGCGCUGAGAGAGUACGAGCAUUUAAACGAAAAACUACAAAGCAGUUGCGUUUUAUAGAAAUGGUACAGCGAAGAAAUAUACUAGAAAAUUUACCAGGACCGAGUUCUUAUAGUCCAACACUACCAAAAGGUACUGAUUUAAGUUUCCUUGGACCAAAGGCUGCUCGGUUUAUGACAUCGCAGUUUAACAUAUGUCCGGGACCAGCUCAAUAUUGGGUCAAGCGAGACUUUGAUAAACCUGAAGCUCCUAAAAAAAUAUGUCAAGCCAUUUUGCCAGCUCCAGCACCCUUUGGUGUUAAGGCCGUUCGAUUAAAACCACGUAAAGAAGAAGGUCCAAGUCCUGCAUCCUACAAUCCUGUUUAUAAGCCAUGCCAGUUCAUUCGUUGCACAAAAGCACCAUUUCUGAUAUCAACAGAAAGAUUUAAAGGAGAAGAACCUGAAGAUAUUGAUGAUGAAAUUGUAAUUGAUAAUGAAUCUUUGAUUGAUAAGAACAAAAAACAAGAACCAAAGCCAACACCCACAUGGCAAUUCAAAUCAGUCGUCCCAAGAAUGAAACCUCUGACAAAAGCUGACCAUAAGUCCGUUAAUACAAUUUCGCCAAACAUAAGAAUAAAAAGGUUUAUGAAGCUACAGAGAGCCGCUCCAUUUUUCUCUUCUGAAGGCCGUUUUCUUCCAUGGUAUAACUGGAUUCCGAUACAUGCGAAAGAGAAAACUCCAGGACCCGCUUAUUAUAAUUUAACUCCACCUGAAUGUUACCCAGCUGUAAGCCGUGGCCCGUUAUUUAGAUCGCCAAGAUUUCGUAGCCGCUAUCAACAAAGUCCAGCGCCUAAUGAGUAUAAAGUUGUAAUUGGAAUUGAAAAUAUUUUACAUACUCAUAAUCAACACCUAAAAGAAAAUUUAGAGAAGAAACACAAAUUUCAUUGGCAACCUACUCGUAAACCCAGACCAUUAAAUAGCGAAGAGAAAGAAAAAGUUUUAUUGCGGGAUUCGAUAGCAUUGCUUAAUACUAUUGAUGUAUCAGACAGCAAAAGUUCUAACUAUGUUCACGCAAAACACCUCGGUCAUGAAAAUAAGAAAACACUUCGUUGCUUUGCUGAGGGAAAGUUGAAAGUUUCUCUGUAUAUGUCUCCGAUACAGAUAAGAACGACUAGCGAUUAUCAAAAUUUAAAGUUUAAAGAAUUUAAUUACCUACAUUCAAUUAUGUCUAGGUUAGGAGCGCUUCAUUUAACAAAAAAUUCUGGAACCAAACAUACUGGCACUGUCAUAUUUUUCCAUGGAUCAGGCGCAACGGGAGAUCAUAUAAAGGAAUGGGUUCAAAUAUUGUCUAAAAAUUUUUCAUUUCCCCAAAUAAAAAUCCUAUACCCAACUGCUCCUUUACAACCAUACACACCAGCUGGUGGUCAAAAGAGCAAUGUAUGGUUUGAUCGGAUGGACAUUAGCCCAAAUGUUCCAGAAGUGGAUAAUUCUUUGGCACAAAUAGAAGUAGAAGUAAGGAAUCUCAUAAAGAAGGAAACAGAAUCUGGAAUCCCUGUUAACAGAAUAAUUGUAGGUGGAUUUUCAAUGGGUGGUGCGUUAGCUUUGCACACUGCAUACAGAUGGGAACCCAAUGUUGCAGGCGCCUUUGCUUUCAGCUCAUUUCUCAAUGAGAACUCAGCUGUUUACCGAGAAAUUAAAAAGAGUGAUAAAGUGCCACCUCUUCUUCAAAUACAUGGGAAUGUAGAUGAUUUAGUAGAUCUGUCAUGGGGCCAAACAACAUUUAAUCAGUUAAAAGCUCUCGGUGUUCAAGGAGAUUUCCACAUUAUGGAUAGAUUGGGACAUUCUCUAAAUUCAAGAGGCUUAAAUAUAAUAAAAUCGUGGAUAGAAAAACAUUUACCUGAAAUAUAAGUAAUUUGGUGCUAGUAAACUUGUUUGAGACCAACGAAAAUAAAUAUAGAUUUAUAGUUGUUAGCAUGA